AUGGCUUAUAAUAAUUUUCAGUACAAUCCAUUGCUAACUUACACAAUACGAUUUCAUAAAUUGUCAUUUCAACCGAACUUCACUGGAAAUUAUACAAUUGACAAGUAUAGAGAAAAAGAAUUCGUUAACGGAUUUCUUUCACUUGACCCACCACAAACAAUAGACAAGAUUGUCGUAGUAUUUCAACGUUGUAAUCCAGAAGGUGUGGAUUGUGAGUAUUUCCAAUCAUGGUCAAUGACAGAUCUUUGUCCUAAAUUAAGGGACAGGAACCAAAUAUGGUCCAGUUGGUAUGGAGCAUUUGAUCCGCAGCCGAAUUGUCCAGUAAAACGAGUGAAUUCUUUUAUAAGAAAUGGAACUAUUGAUUUUGCCCAAGCAGUCCGAUGGUAUCCUGAUUGUGUUAACUAUCAAUGGAAAGUGGCACAAAAGUUUUUUGCCGGUGAACGUUAUAUAGGCACUUACACGUUUGAAGUAUCAGUGUUUGGCUACAGGAAAAGAAACAAAAAACCAUCAAAACAAUAAGAUGUAAUAUCAUUUUAAGUAUGUUAUAGUAUUUUGAAAUUUAUUUAACCAUUACCAUACUAUACCAUUUUAUUAAAAACCACACUUACAACUAUUUAUAUUCUGAAACUAAGUAAUAUAUAUUUUUAUCGUCUUAUUAUUAUUUGUGUGUGCUUACACAAUUUAGCUUGGAACGAUGGUGUUAUUAUACUCAUUAUAAAUAUUAAUAAAAUAAACUUAAAAAUGUUUAUUGUACUUUUUAUUUGAAUAAAAUUUAUAUCUGGUUUAUUAUAUACAUAAAUUGAACAUAUAGAAAUACGAUAGGUAUACACCACAUAUUAAUUUAUUAG